GAUUCAUAGAUAGAUAGAUAUAUAUAGACAUUAAUAGAAUAGAUAGAAAUGGAGGCUCCACAGAAGAGAUGCCGUAAAUCUGUGGUGUGGGAGCAUUUCCAUUUGGAAACCCCAAAUAAAGUGAGAUGUAUGUAUUGUGAUAGGCAGCUAGCCUACUUCAACAAUACAUCAUCCAUGAUGCGCCAUUUGAGGAGCACUCAUCCUGCCAUUUUGCAGUGUGCAGAGGAUGGUAACAUUCCCCCUGUACCUAGGCCUGCUACUGACACUGCUGGGCCAUCUAAACAAGGCAGACAGAGGGAAUUGGAUGAGGCUCUUGUAGACAUGGUGGUAAAGGAUUUGCAGCCCUUCACUAUCGUGGAGGAUGAGGGUUUCAUGGCUUUUGUGAACAAACUUGAUCCAAGCUAUGUCCUCCCAUCCCGGAAGGCACUUAAAACGAUGGUAACCGAAAGGUACAACAUUUCUAAGGAGAAGACAAUGGAGGACCUAAAAAAGGCAGAUUUUGUUAGCCUUACAGCUGACAUGUGGUCCUCCAUUAAUAUGGACGGAUACCUUGGUGUUACUUGCCACUACAUAACACCAGAGGCAAAGCUGGCAACUGUUGUACUGGGUGUAAGGAGGUUUUACCAAACACACACAGCCCAGCAUCUCAUGGAGGCUAAAGCUUUGCUAAUGGCCGAGUGGGGAAUAACCACCAAAGUUCAGUGUAUGGUGACUGAUAAUGCAUCCAACAUGAUCUUAAGUGCCCAGCUACUGAACCUUCGGCAUGUCCCAUGUUUUGCCCACAAUUUAAAUUUAAUUGUAAAAAAGGCCCUAGAUCAAACCCCACUCAUCAAUGAAAUACGACAGAAAGCCAGAAAGAUAGUGGGGUUAUUUAGAUCCAGCUGCAAAGCAAAGGACAAGCUUGUGGAGAUGCAGGGCUUGAUGGGCAGACCAGCUCUGAAACUGAUGCAGGAGGUGGACACAAGAUGGAACAGCACUUACGACAUGUUGCAGCGCUUGUAUGAGCAACGAGAGCCAGUGGGUGCAGCGCUAUCAAAUUUAAACAGUGAUACUGCUCCGCUGACAAGUUUUGAGUAUAACAUUAUACAAGAAUCAUUGUCACUACUGCAGCCUUUCAAACUCGCAACGACAGAGUUGUCAGAGGAACAGAGAGGCACACACCUGCAAGAAGGUCUGCACUCAAGAUGUGGUGGGUACGAGUCAUUCAGAGCCUUGGCUCUGGCUACACUGCUGGACCCAAGGUUCAAAAAUGUGGGUUUUGGAAAUCCUGCCAAAGCCCAGGAGGCUGAAAAGCAGAUCACACUGGAGUGUGCUUCGCUGAUGCGUUCAAACACAGCAACUCCUGUUUAG